UUUAGGUGAAUGGCAAAUACUUUGGUUUAUUUUAUGUUCCCUUUUUUUAUCAAUUGGCCGAGAACUUUUUUGUUGUUUUCACUGGUAGUUGGUGGCGCUUAUCUGGUAAUUGAAGUCCAUCAUUUCAAUGUGUCAUUAUAGCCAACUUGGAGCGGAGCAGCAGUGAAUUGCAAUAUGAAUAAUUACACAUAUUCGGCACUGGCCGGCGGUGGCACCGUGGAUCAGCAUAAUUUCAAGAAUUGUUGUGGCCAUCGGGCCUGGUGUGUCAAGGACAUAUGCGGCAUAUUCUGUGUUAUCAUGACAUGGCUUCUCAUAUUGUUUGCCGAAUUCGUGGUCAUGCGUUUGAUACUGAUGCCCAGCAAUUAUACGGUAUUCAGUACGAUCAAUAUGAUUAUAUUUCAGGCCUUGGCCUUUUUGGCCUUUGCCUCCCACAUACGCACCAUGCUCUCGGAUCCGGGAGCUGUUCCUCGGGGUAAUGCCACCAAAGAGAUGAUUGAACAAAUGGGCUAUCGUGAGGGUCAAAUGUUUUACAAAUGCCCUAAAUGUUGUAGCAUUAAGCCAGAUCGGGCCCAUCAUUGCUCGGUGUGUCAGCGUUGCAUACGCAAAAUGGACCAUCAUUGCCCAUGGGUUAACAAUUGUGUGGGCGAGAAUAAUCAAAAGUAUUUUGUACUCUUCACGUUUUACAUUGCCUCCAUUUCGCUGCAUACACUCUUCUUGGUUCUAACACAGUUCGCCGAAUGCGUUAAGAACGAUUGGCGCACCUGCUCUCCGUACUCACCGCCGGCCACCAUAUUUCUCUUGCUAUUUCUCACCUUUGAGGGUCUAAUGUUUGGCAUUUUCACUAUUAUAAUGCUGGCCACUCAACUAACAGCCAUUUUCAAUGAUCAAACUGGAAUCGAACAAUUAAAGAAAGAGGAAGCCCGUUGGGCCAAGAAGUCGCGUCUUAAGAGCAUACAAUCGGUAUUUGGACGUUUCUCUUUGGCUUGGUUCUCACCGUUCACGAAGCCAACUUGUCGCACAAAGUUUAGCACACAUUUCUAUUCGGUUUGAAGUAUCUUGGCUUAAAUAAAAACGAACAAUAUUAAAACGUA